AUUACGAACGAACGUGCUGUCAAUUUUGAAACUGGUGAUUGUGACAUAUAAAUACUUUUUUGUGACUAAAAAAAAAGUGUAAAUUAAAAAGUUGGGACUAAUUUUUUUUUUGUUUUCGGUCACUGUGUUUUCUUUGUAUAAAUCGAAUGUGCGUUCUGUUUAUGGAUUUUUUUAACGUGCCGUGUUGAGGAAGAUCAGCCGAGGGGUAAUCGAACAGAAAUAGACAUGGCGCCUAAACGUGGCCUUAAAAAUAACUCGCAUCCUCUCAUCACAUAAGGGAAGUUGAACUUCCUUUCAAAAUGUAAAAAUAAUCUCCGGACAUCCCUAUGUACAACUAAUAUUAGACGAAAAUGGUUACGGACAUAAGUAGGUUACGUUUAACCAGUAGGUGUGUGCAGCCCUUGUUCCUGUUGCUACGGACUUGUGAGUGUGUGCUAGUGUUGCUAACAUGUGUUUGUGUGUGUGAAGGUUAUGUUGAGCAGAAGUUUGCGAUGGAACCACAGGAUCAGACUGCAGUCAUGGGUUCAAGAGUGACAUUACCGUGUAGGGUGGAGAAUAAGGCAGGUCAAUUACAGUGGACGAAAGACGAUUUCGGUCUUGGACUGCAUAGAGAACUUAGUGGUUACGACCGGUAUAAGAUGAUCGGAAGUGAUGAAGAGGGUGAUUAUUCAUUGGACAUCAGAGAUGUGGCCCUAGAAGAUGACGCAAAAUAUCAGUGUCAAGUCAGUUCGGGCUUAAGAGGUGAACCUGCUAUUAGGUCACGCUACGCCCGUCUGACUGUACUUGUGCCGCCUGAACCGCCGAAAAUAUUGCAAGGGAAAGUGUUCUCUCUAACAGUGGACAGAAUGAUCUAUUUGGAAUGCGAAUCUGUUGGAGGGAAACCUCCCGCUGAGAUCACGUGGGUGGACAGCAACGCUGGUGUUUUGACGCAGGGUGUGACGUAUACCGUGGAGCCUAUGAGUGAUGGGCAGAGAUUUACAGCGAGGUCUGUGAUAAGGUUGCCUCCAAAACAUGAACAUAACAAUCAAACGUUUACAUGUCAAGCUCAAAAUACAGCUGAUAGAGCCUACCGAGCUGCAAGCAUAAGAAUUGAGGUAAAAUAUCCACCCAGAGUUAAGAUUCAUAUUAAUAAUGGAAAACGUGUUCUUGAAGGGAAGGACGCUGUUAUAAAUUGCGCAGCAGAAGGGAAUCCAAAUAAUCUCACGUACAGAUGGUUCCUAAACGAUUUAAUUGUUGGAAAUACAUCUGAAUUGAUUAUUCAAAAUGUAACAAGAGCACACAACGGAGCUGUUUUAAGAUGCUUGGUAUCCAAUGAUGUCGGAAAAAAUGAAGACAGCGGCGUCUUUCACGUCACUUAUCCACCAUCAUUCCGCAAUCGUCCUAAGGACGUUGAAGCAGAAAUUGGUAAAUCGGUGACGUUGAGCUGCGAUGUUGAUGGGUAUCCUGCUCCAGAGAUCAUAUGGCUACAUUAUGAAGAAGAUACUAAUAUUCGUGUUGGUAAAACGGCUAAUUUGACACUCACCGUAGACACCCACACUGUAGGACGAUAUUCUUGCAAAGCAAGCGUUGAUGGAUAUCCAGAUAUCGAAGAUGAAGCAUCAAUAUUUAUUAAAGGUCCACCGAAAAUAAUUUCAAAUCACACACAAUUUGGAUCCCAAGGUGACACUGUUAAUAUUGAAUGCGCUGCUUUUGCUGUUCCAAGAAUAGACAACAUAGUCUGGACAUUUGAAGGAAAGGAAAUUGAUACUAUACAUGACCAAGACUACGCCUUCCUAGAGGAAUUACAGCCGGGUGGGAUCGUUAACUCCACACUAACCAUCCGUGAGAGCCAAACCAAACACUUCGGAGUUUAUAAAUGCAACGUGUCGAAUGACUACGGAAGUGAUACCAUCGAGAUUAUUUUGAAGUCUAACAAAAGUUUCCCGUUACUGGUGAUUCUAUUUGGAGUGACGUCAGGGACGAUAAUGGUGGCCGUAGUUAUAAUGUUGGUGAUUUUAUGUCAAAGAAAACAGAGAAAAAGUAAGCAAGUCCAAGUGACAGAGAAGCCAGAUGUAACGGUUACAGCUGAAGAACUUUUUAAAGAAAACGAUAGAAAUUCAAACAUAAGCGAUCUAAAACUCGAACUGAGACAAGCGAAUGGCACUUCUGAAAUUGAUUAUUCUAAUACUGGCUCAGAUAGUACAUUAUGUUCAAACGCUAAAUUAGGGAGCGGCAUUCCUUUAGCCGGCUCAGUACCGCUGUCUUCAAUAAAUCAAACCAACACAUAUCAACCAUAUAGAUACAGCAACGAUUACACGGAUCCCGCCUAUUCGGACUGUUACAAGGUAAAUGGAUUCGGUAAUGGAUAUCAAACGUAUGUCCACUACGGUCACGACUAUACUCCUGGCUCACUACGUGUACAAUCGCCUACGAUGGGAAGUGACAAACUCACUCCUAACAGGUCUAUAAAUGGCAGUCUGCCCAGAAGCGUAGAUACGCCUUCCUCGGUACAAUACAACGCAAGUAAUGGCUCCCAAAGCAAUUCUUUGCAGCGUGCAACGAAACGACAGGAUAGCAGUGGCGCUUUGAAUAAUUUACCGAAUGACGGUGCCCGCGUACCAAACGGUGGUAUUAUUCAAGGAGUGGAUGUAAGAUACGCAGCAACAUAUGGCAAUCCACAUUUAAGAAGUGGACUUAGUACCACUGUAAAUACAGCAAAACCAGCCUCCACUCCAGCGCCACCGCCUUAUUCAUCUGUUAGAAGUUCUGUUAUUAUACCAUCAGGUACAUCAUCACAUUCAAUAACAUCGCCAACCAGUCUUGCAUCACCUCAAUGUGCCACAAGUCCUAUUACUAAUUCUACUCUGUCAACAGAUAGUGCACAGCCUGCGGUCGGAGUGACCUCGUCUGCCACUCCUCAGUCGCCGAGUUCGCACUACAUACUCGCUCCAACGAAUCGAUCCUUAAGUAACGCAACCGUUACUAAGAAAGGUAGUGGUCAUCAACAACCUUUAGCGACACACGUAUAAACGUUCCUAAAACUAAUAAAAUAGUGUUGAUUAAAUUUUAAUCAAAAUCGAUACAGUGUUAAUAAGUGAUUA